UAUUUAAUUCGCUCAUCGUGGUGGUGAUUGGUACCAAAAUUUCGAAACCCUACCUUAAGCCAUAAGGUAUCUCGAAUAUGGUGAAGCGCUCCAAUGACCCCAAUGGGAAGCGUUCUCGGACAAGAAGAAGACUCAGUGGGUUGAAUGCUGUUGGUGAUGGUGAUGGUGAUGGUGAUGCUGCUCAAGGCACCUCAAAAGUUAGGAAUGGGCGAGUGCAAUUGGGCACCUCAAAAUUUGCUACUCUUCUUCGAGUCAAGGAGUCUACAAGGCAACGGAAGCCGAAGCGGAGGGAAAUUACUACCUCCGUAGAGGUCCAAGAGUGUAGGCACCGGGUCAAAGAGUAUAGGCAGCUAAGGGGAAUUACUGUUUCAAGCCGCAAUGUUCCAAAACCCAUCAGGACUUUGGGUCGCACUCCGUUUCCGGAAUAUGUUAAGGAUGAAUUUUCAAAAGCUGGAUUCGUCAGGCCUACACCAAUUCAAGCUCAAGCAUGGCCAGUGGCUUUGGAGGGCCGUGAUCUCAUUGGAAUUGCUCCACCAGGAUCCGGGAAGACGCUAGCGUAUCUAUUGCCUGCAAUUGUCCAUGUAAAAUCCCAGAAAAGACUAUCUUGUGGAGAUGGCCCAAUAGUAUUGAUUUUAGCUCCAACCUGUGAGCGCGCUCGUCAAAUCCAACAAGAGUGUACUAAAUUUGCUGCAGCACACAUUUUCGCCUUACUCGGCGGUGAACUGGAUUGUUAUAAAAAUUCUCUUGUGGCAUGUGGAGUUGGAAUUUUAAUUGACACACCUGAGGCCGUGCUUCAUGCGUUAGAGUCAUGUCAUACAAACUUGCAAAGGGUCACAUACCUUGUGGUGGAUGGUGCUGAUUGGAUGCUAGCAGAAGAAGGCGUAGCAGAAGAAGGCGAGGACUGUAAGUCUCUAGUACAAGAAGUUCUUUCUCAGAUUCCCCCAGACUGUCAAAAAUUGUUCUGGGGUAGUAGCUGGCCGGAGGAGGCUGAUGAACUUGCCAGGCCAUUCCUUCGCGAUGCAAUCAAAGUUGAAAUAGGUUCUCCAGUUCUGAAAGCUACACAUCCAAUAGUCCAAAUUGUUGACAUCGUUGCUGAAGAUCAGAAAUAUGACAAAUUGGUAGGCUUGCUAGGUGAUAUCGCAGAUGGCAGCAGAAUACUGAUAUUCAUGAAUAUAAAGAAUGGAUGUGAAUCAUGUAGUCUCCUCUCUCAGAAGCUUUCCAAUGAAGGUUACGCAGUCUCGGUUCAUGAAAACGUAAGUCAAUCGGAAAGGGUCCAAAUUAUCUCUGGGUUAAAAGGUGGCUAUGUCCCCAUAAUGAUUGCAACUGAUGUUGCUGCUUGUGAUCCAGUUCUGAAGAAUGUGAAAUAUGUUAUCAAUUACGACUUUCCGGGAUCCAUUGAUGAUUAUGUUUACCGCAUUAUCCUUGCUGAGCCAAAAGGAACAGCAUACACGUUCUUUACAACUGCUAAUGCUAGGUGCGCAAAGGAACUUACCAUCUUACUCGAGGAAGCUGGACAGAAGGUUAGUCCUGAAUUGGAAGCACUGGCGCGUGAUGUACGAUAUCCAGCUAGCUGCAGGGCUGGAAUGCCUCUCGGAAUAGGAAGCAAUUUGAUUGGGAAGGGUACAGUCGGGUAUUACGCUACAAUAUAUCGGCAUUGUCCCGAGAUGAAAAGUUAUGCCACUUUCACUGUGAACACAGUCAACAAAAAAAAGAAACUUCAACUGCAUUUUGUGAGACUGGUGGAGGCAUACGAAUACUUUUCCUGCCUUCCUAUUAGAGUAAUUUAUCUAACUAUUGAGGCCGUUGAUGGCCCGGCUUGUGAAAUGAAUGCUUAUGGAGCAAUAGUUGUGAAAUGGGGGAUUACUCGGGAAGUGAAAACCGUAUAUUUUGGUAGUGUUAAACCCAGUGGUCGUAUGUCAGCACUUUUCGACAUCAGAAAGAAAAUUGGUUACAGAGUCUAUAAUAUCUGGCCAGAAAGCAGCAGAAAGCUUGACGAGUUCCCUAGUCUCGCUGACGAUGACUAUAUGAGGCAAAGAAAAAGAAAAGGAGCCCGCCGCGUGGCUACUGCUUAGGGCAUACUCGGAAUGGAUGGAGUAUAUUUUGAACAAUACGGUUGUGUUUGGAUUUACUUGGUUUGGGGGGCACGUCCUACAUUCCUGUAAUCUGUUGGUGAAAGUCACACUUACUUUGUUAAGUUUACGUGCGGAAUUUUUUGUAUAAAUUUGCAGAAAUUAGUCAGGAAAUUUCCAUAUUAA